GCCACCAUCUUCGCCAACUGCGUGGCCCUGGGGGUCUACAUCCCCUUCCCUGAGGAUGACUCCAAUGCCGCCAAUCACAACCUGGAGCAAGUGGAGUACGUGUUCCUCAUCAUCUUCACGGUGGAGACAUUCCUGAAGAUCAUCGCCUAUGGGCUGGUGCUGCACCCCAGCGCCUACAUCCGCAACGGCUGGAACCUGCUCGACUUUGUCAUCGUCAUAGUGGGGCUGUUCAGCGUGAUCCUGGAGCAGGUGUCCCACAAGCCGGGCGAUGCCCACCACAUGAGCGGGAAGCCGGGCGGCUUCGAUGUCAAGGCUCUGCGCGCUUUCCGCGUCCUGCGGCCGCUGCGCCUCGUCUCCGGCGUCCCCAGCCUCCACAUUGUGCUGAACUCCAUCAUGAAGGCCAUGGUGCCGCUGCUGCACAUCGCGCUGCUCGUGCUCUUCGUCAUCAUCAUCUACGCCAUCAUCGGCCUCGAGCUCUUCAUCGGCCGCAUGCACAAGACCUGCUUCUUCAUCGGCUCUGACCUGGAGUCGGAGGAUGACCCCUCUCCCUGCGCCUUCUCGGGCCACGGCCGCGCCUGCCUGCAGAACAACACCGAGUGCCGGGGCCGCUGGGAGGGCCCCAACGGCGGCAUCACCAACUUUGACACCUUCCCACAGGCCCUGCUCACCGUGUUCCAGAUCCUGACAGGGGAGGACUGGAACGCGGUGAUGUACGAUGGGAUCAUGGCCUAUGGCGGCCCCGUGUUCCCCGGGAUGCUCGUCUGUGUCUACUUCGUCAUCCUCUUCAUCUGUGGGAACUGUGCGUGGCACGUGGUGCAGUGCGUGUUCGUGGCCAUCCGCACCAUCGGGAACAUCAUGAUCGUCACGACACUGCUGCAGUUCAUGUUUGCGUGCAUUGGGGUGCAGCUCUUCAAGGGCAAAUUCUACAGCUGCACCGAUGAGGCCAAACACACGCCAGGAGAGUGCAAGGGGACAUUCCUGGUGUACAAGGAUGGGGACGUAUCCCACCCGUCGGUGCGGGAGCGCCUCUGGCACAACAGCGACUUCAACUUCGACAACGUCCUGGCGGGGAUGAUGGCCCUGUUCACCGUGUCCACCUUCGAGGGGUGGCCUGC